AGAAAGAACACCAGCAAUUGCUUUUGAAAUAUCCUGGAACUGGCAGAUGAUGGACAGGAAACAGACAGCUGAGACCCUGCUGUCCUUGUCUCCUGCCGAAGUUGCUGACCUCAAGGAAGGAAUCAAUUUUUUUCGAAAUAAGACUACUGGGAAGGAGUACAUUUUAUACAAGGAGAAGGACCACCUAAAGGCAUGCAAGAACCUCUGCAAGCACCAAGGAGGCCUGUUCAUGAAAGACAUAGAGGAUUUAGAUGGAAGGUCCGUUAAAUGCACAAAGCACAACUGGAAGUUAGAUGUGAGCACCAUGAAAUAUACCAACCCUCCAGGGAGCUUCUGUCAAGAUGAGCUUGUUGUCGAAGUGGAUGAAAACAAUGGGCUUUCCCUUGUAGAACUGAACCCUCCUAACCCCUGGGACUCUGAUCCCAGGUCUCCUGAAGAAUUAGCUUUUGGGGAAGUACAGAUAACAUAUCUCACUCACGCCUGCAUGGACCUCAAGUUGGGAGACAAGCGGAUGGUGUUUGACCCUUGGUUAAUUGGUCCUGCUUUUGCCCGAGGAUGGUGGCUGCUACACGAGCCUCCAUCUGACUGGCUGGAGAGGCUGUGUAAAGCAGACCUCAUUUACAUCAAUCACAUGCACUCAGACCACCUGAGUUACCCUACCCUGAAGCAGCUUUCCCAGAGACGACCAGACAUUCCCAUUUAUGUUGGUGACACAGAAAGACCGUUUUGGAAUCUGGAUCAGAGCGGCGUCCGGUUAACUAACAUCAACGUGGUUCCAUUUGGAAUAUGGCAACAGGUAGACAAAAGGCUCCGGUUCGUGAUCUUGAUGGAUGGUGUCCAUCCUGAGAUGGACACAUGCAUUAUCGUGGAGUACAAAGGUCAUAAAAUACUCAACACAGUGGACUGCACCAGACCCAAUGGGGGAAGGCUGCCUGAGAAAGUUGCUCUAAUGAUGAGUGAUUUUGCUGGAGGAGCAUCAGGCUUUCCAAUGACUUUCAGUGGUGGAAAAUUUACUGAGGAAUGGAAAGCCCAGUUCAUUAAGGCAGAAAGAAGAAAACUUCUGAAUUACAAGGCUCAGCUGGUGAAGGAUCUGCAGCCUCGAAACUAUUGUCCGUUUGCUGGAUACUUUGUGGAAUCUCACCCAUCUGACAAGUAG